GUCUGCACGAGCAGGCGGCCACCCAGAAUGCAGACUCAUGGAAACAGUUGAAGAAGUUUGUGGCCGAAACGACGCGACGUGCUCUACCACAGGAGGAAAGAUACUCAUUCAAGUCAGCUAUGCCUGCCUUCCUGGAGCUCUUCCGAACAUACGGGUCUUUCCAGAAUCUGGACUGCCAAGACAUGAAAACCGUCCUACGCGGUUUGGACGAAACAGGGCAUGGCAGAGUCUCGCUUGAGGCAUUCUACAGCGUGCCGGAGGUGCCUAACAGCAGGUUCUACUUUCGAGAGUCGUCCCAGAAGUUAGAUGGGCUGGGACUUGUGGAUUGGAGUCUGUGGAUGCCCCGUGUUCUGGCGACGAACUAUGUGGACGGCGCACACAACUGCGUAGCUCCGAACCCACAUUUCUCAAUCUGCUGCAUCGACGAGUGUGGAAGCUUACUGAGGCAAAUGGAGGCUGGUGCGGAGGCACCCACUUCAUCACCGGAAAAGCUUCUGGACAUCGCGAAGCAACUCACGUUAACAGGCAACUUGACGAAGGAACUGGAAGAUCGUCUCUACGGAAUCGCCCAUGCCAAUGGCGGCCAAGUGAGCCUCCACGGCCGGCUCUUCGCGCAGUGGCUACACUUCUGGCAGCCCUACAAAUGUGCCUAUCCGCAAGUUCCCGGCUUUCAAUUUGAUCCGGCCGCGUGGAAGGACAGGAAAUACACAUGGAACGUUCAGGAGAAGGAGUCGUUUGUUUCAUCAUUGAAUACAUUGCCAAAGCAAAGCUUGCACAAGAGCAAUCUCCUUGCGUGGUGGAGUGACGAAGAAUCGUUGCCGCUGUCGGAAACUGCAUCCGACAGCUGGUCUACCACGGAUAGAGCUAUCGCAUACUUCUUCAGCUUUCAGUUUGUGGCCCAGCUGCUUAUUGUGAUCAGUGGCAUGCGGGACUUGAUUCUAGUGGUGCAGGAAUCAGGUGGCCGGCGACGUGCGUCGAAGAAGCUGGCGGAAGCCGACCCGAAGCAAGACCAGCGAGAUGGAGAACGAGACAGAGAGCCGAAGGAAGACAAGACGCCAGCAGAACCUUUGGACAAAGGCAAGCAGGUGCUACGAGCUAAGACGGGCGAAUGCCAUGACAUCAACACAGGGCAAGAGGUCAGCACAAAAAGAUCCAGGCAAAAAGGUGGGGAGGCUUCGAAACAGCCAGCCAGAAAGGAAGGCUACAAGGCAAGCAAAAGAAGCAAAGUCACGCCCAAGGCGAUGCCCAAGGAGCCUGCCAAGCACAAAGGGAUGCGCCCAGCCCUGAAUUUGGUGCCCCCAGCAGCGAUGUCCUCGCCUCGAAAGUUGGGCGAAGUGGAGAACCAGCACUUCGCCAUCGCGAAGAUAUUUGCGGAUGUGGAGGAAACGGACGUGAACCGUCCUGACCAACAGAGAGAGAAAGAAGCAGAGCAAGUGCCCGCUGGCCUAGUGACCCAGCAAGCUGUCUACGAAUGGCUUCACGAUCCGCAAGAACCACAAGCUGAUCCCCACAGCCACACCAGUGCCGACGGCGCCGGAGAUGAAAGUGAGACCCCCGCCAAGGCGAUCAAUGAGACCACGGCCCGGUCGUACCCGUCGCACCCGGAACCAGCCUCGUCACCACGGCACGAGAAGGUUGCCGUGGCUGAAUGGUUAUCACAUCCACUUGAAGAGUUCAAGAAAGCAGAGCCGGACGCAGGAAGGCCAGCCAAGCCGCUUGCAGACGAGGUUCACAGCAGCGCUGCUGAGUGGUUGGCACAGGCAGCAGAGAAGAAGGUUCUCGAGGAUUUGGAUGGACUCGAUGGCACGCCAAAGGUAUCGGAGCCAGAGAGGUGCCGGGAAGACGAGGACCUCGUGCUAGAAGACAUGGGUUUGUGGUACGGAGCCACAGCUGAGCGUUCGCCAGGCUUUCGCCCACCUCCUGGCUUGGAAAUGCUCGGAUCUCUUGGGCCGAAUGUGCCUCUACAAAUGAGUUUAUAG